UAAAUUCUUUUGAAUUUGCAAAAUUUGUUUUGAUUUAUACUGACAUAAAUAAACGUUAUAUUAUUUAUAAGAAUGCCUCGUAAAAAUGUUAUUACAAUGGCAGCUACUGGAAAUCUAGUAACAAAAAAAACUAACGUCUCUAAACAAAUAGUUUCAGAAAAUCAUAAAGAAGUCGAUGAUUUAGGUUCUAAGCCUGUUUUAGAUUUGAGUCAAUUUAAAUAUGAGAAGAAACCACAUGUAAAAAUUGAAUUUGAAAAUGACUCCCCUGUUAAGGAGAAAGAUAAAGGUUUAUGGGAGCCAAACAAUUGGAAAGACUUCUUAAUAAAUUUAAGAAUUAUGAGAUCAAAUAAUGAUGCACCAGUGGACUCUAUGGGUUGUCACAUGUGUAUGGAUGAAAAUGCACCACCCAAAGUGGUAAGGUACCAGAGCUUAAUAUCCCUUAUGUUGUCAAGCCAGACAAAAGAUCAAGUGACAUUUGCUGCCAUGGAACGUCUACGGGCAAGAGGACUCACUAUUGACAAUGUGCUGAAAAUGAGCGAUGAAGAACUCGGUCAACUCAUUUAUCCUGUUGGAUUUUGGAAGACGAAAGUGAAAUACAUAAAAAAGACAACACAAACUUUAAAAGACCAGUAUGAUGGGGAUAUACCAGAUACAGCUGAAAAACUUUGUAAACUGACAGGUGUUGGUCCAAAAAUGGCUCACAUCUGCAUGAAGGUUGCAUGGAAUAAAAUUACAGGAAUUGGUGUAGACACACAUGUUCACAGAAUAAGCAACAGAAUAGGUUGGGUCAAAAAACCCUCUACUACACCAGAAGAAACUCGAAAAUCAUUACAAACUUGGCUGCCAGUUGACUUGUGGAGUGAAGUCAACCAUUUAAUGGUAGGCUUUGGGCAGACAAUAUGUUUACCUGUGGGGCCAAUGUGUCACGAGUGUUUAAACAGAGAUAUUUGUCCUUCAAGCGAUAAGGGUAGAAAAUCACCUAAUAAGAAAUCACCAAAGAUUUCAAAAAAAGUUAAAGCUGAAAAAGUCGAUGAUGGGUCACCACAUUUAUCGAAGGCUACCGAAAAAAACUUUACUGAACCAAGUUCAAGCAACAUUAACUUAAAAAUAAAAACUGAACAUACAGCUUCAGAAAUUAAAGAUUCUAAAAUUGAUAUUAAAAUAUCCAAUAACUCUAUGAAUGUUCAAAAUGUAUUAAAACGGAAGUCACCAAGAAUAGCUAAACAAUAUAUAAAAACGAAAAAAGAAACUUAAUCUCGAUAAGAAAAGAAACAGUAUUCAGAAUAAACAAUACUUCAUAUGUUUUAAGAUUCAAAUACAUAAAGUUACAUACAUAACAUUUUGAAAGUUACUACAGAGUGAUUUUUCAUAAUUAAUAUAAAGUUUGGUCAUAAGUGUUAUUAUAAUCAUUACCAC